AUGGAAUCGGACUCAAAAAAGUUCUGCGCAGUGUGCCUAAAAGAAUCCCACGGCUACCAUUUCGGAGCAGAGACAUGUCGAGCCUGUGCGGCAUUCUUUCGGCGGUCCGUAUACUUAAAGCUCGAAUUCAAGUGUGGAAAUUAUAAAGUUUGCAAAAUGGAAAGCGGGCGAUGGAAAUGCAAAAAAUGCCGUUUAAGACGCUGCUACGAGGUCGGAAUGCAAGAAAACAAAAUUCAGUACGACCGAGAUCUACACUCAACCACCACCACGACAGUCGUAAAGAUUCCGAAAACAAUGGAACAAUUCGCCGGAAGACCUCACAUCCUUCUCCUAUUCGAUCCCGAGCUUGCAUCUCCUAAUAAGACAAUCAUUGAUGUUAGCCCUAUGCUCGAAAAGGUGUUCGAAAUUCUAAAGAAGGUGGCAUUAGAGAUACCGGUGUGUCGAAACCUGCAGAAUAAAAAUCUCCUACAGCGAAUUGUGCACACAUUCGAGAAAUUGCACUCCUCUACCAAUGCCAAUAACUACAAGUUGAUCACUAAUAUGAACAAGAAGGCGAUACUCGAUUACAUGGAGCAAGACAUGAUUAUGGCUGCUCAAUUCGUCAUGGAUUCCCAUAUAAUCGACGGCGUUUCAGUGGACGAUAAGCUAAAAUUGGCGAGCAAUUUCUGGCAAUUAUACUCUGAGAUCGGAAAAUUGUUUUUAACAUUGCACUUACGCGGCGAGCGGGUGCAAAAAGAAAAGAUUUUCUUUCUUAAUGGUAAUGAGGCUAUCGACCUAAACAAAACCGAGUUCGAUAUCUCGUGGAUGACUAAAUAUUCCGCGGAUCAAAUCAACAAGUAA